AGCGGAGGGGGCAGCCCCCGGCCGAGCCCCCGCGCCCGGCGAUGCGGAGCGGGGCAUGGCGGCCCCGCCGCUCUGCCUGCGCCUGCUGGCCGCCGCCUUCUACGGCCUCAGCUCCUUCCUCAUCGUCGUCCUCAACAAGAGCGUCCUCACCCUCUGGGACACGUGUGUGUGUAUUUGUGUGUGUGUGAAGGUUUCCAUGGCGGGUGGGAAUAAUUCCAUUCUGUUUUUAUCCCCCGGGGCUGCUCGGGGAGCUGCCGGCUGGCUCCCACAGCUUUACCCCUCUUCUUUGCAGACAUUUCCUCUACCUCUCCUGUACUUCGGGAACCAGAUCACAGGACUGUUCAGCACAAAGAAACUGAACCUGCCCAUGUUCACGGUCCUGCGGAGGUUUUCCAUCCUGUUUACGAUGUUUGCCGAGGGAUUCUUGCUCAAGAAGAAGUUUUCCUGGAGCAUUCAGAUGACAGUAUUUGCCAUGAUCUUCGGUGCAUUUGUGGCUGCCAGUGCUGACUUGGCAUUCGACCUGGAGGGAUAUAUUUUUAUCCUCAUUAACGACGCCUUAACAGCUGCAAACGGUGCCUACGUGAAACAGAAGCUGGAUUCCAAGGAGCUGGGGAAGUACGGGUUGCUCUAUUACAAUGCACUGUUCAUGAUCCUCCCCACCCUGGCCAUUGCCUACGUCACUGGAGAUGCACAGAAGGCAGUGGAGUACCAGGGCUGGGCAGACACGUUCUUCCUCGUGCAGUUCACGCUGUCCUGUGUGAUGGGGUUUAUUUUGAUGUAUUCCACGGUUCUUUGCACUCAGUACAACUCUGCUCUUACAACUACAAUAGUUGGCUGCAUUAAGAAUAUUUUAAUAACCUAUAUUGGGAUGUUUUUUGGAGGAGAUUAUAUUUUUACAUGGAUGAACUUCAUUGGUCUAAAUAUCAGCAUUGCUGGCAGCCUGGUGUACUCCUACAUCACCUUCAGCGAGGAGCAGAUGAGCAAGGAGUCGGAUGCUGGCAGCAAGCUGGAUAUGAAAGGGAAGAGCUCGGUGUGAGCAGGGAGAGGCUUUUUUUGGGAGCCGACCUCUCCUGCUGGGCAGGACGUGGGGAGGGAGCCAGGAGCCUCGGGGGUGCUCCUGAUUUGCACAGCGGAGAUUGCUGCCUUCACAAAUCCUUGGGAGGAUCCAUCCAGCCUGCACGGGAUGGGAUGAGCCUAAUUGAGCCUGAUCGGGAGGAAUUAACGGGUUUCUAAUCAAGGGAGAUGGGCACGGGCGGGGCCGGGGCUGGACCCCUGGAUCUGCUGAUCCCAGCGGGGUGGGGCUCCCUCCGGAGCACGGAAUGCCGAGGGAGCUGGCGUUCCCCGGGAGCUGCUCCUGGCCUGGGCCAGGGCCUCCUGGGUGAAUCUUCGCUGCUCUCUGGACUUGAUUUUUAGCUGUUUUCUCUUUUUUUUUCUGUUUGGUCCAUUGACCCGCUUCUCAAGCUGGGUUUGCCCUCCUGGGUUUAUCAGAGCCCUGCAUCCAUCCACCUGUGCCGUUCCGAGGCUCGGUGACAUUCCCAGAAGGGUUUUCCUGCCCCGCUGAGCUCUGCAGCCUCCCCGGGAUCCAGGCCUGGCUUUUUGGGAAAGCUGCUGCCCUUCCUGGGGAGACCCAGCAGGGAGAAGCUGCUGGGAGCACAGGAGAGCCCAGCUUGUCCCACCUGGCACAGCACAUCCAGGCAGUCUGCAGGGGCUGCAGCUCCUACCCCUGGAAGAGGCACAAGGACUUAAAUCUUCUUUUUUGGCAAGUACAGGGGUCCCCAUAAUUCUCAUUUUCCAUGGAAUGAAUCCCCCUGGGUUUGUGACCUGCUAAAAGAAUUGGAAGUGUAGAACACUGGGCAGUGUUCAAGUGAUUUUUAAAGGUUGUCUUAUCCAGCACCUCUCUCGAGGUUUCCUUGGGAUGUCUUUUGGUUUUAAAAGAAUUGUUUUUAAUCUUGGUUAAAAAAACUUUUAGUAAAGUAAUGUAUUUAGAGAUUUUUGUACCCUAACAGCUUCUCUAGACACUGUCAGUGGGUUUUUUUAAGAAAUACUUGCUUAAACUGGAAGUGCUGUUGGGCAAAGCUGCAUUUGUUGGAGUUUACUGGAAGCUUUUGGAUGGGGAGAGAUUUUUCUGUGAGGGUGCAGCUCCAGCCUGGUGUGCUGGGGAAGGUGUGGAGCGAGUCAGCUGCUGCCUGCUCCUGGAGCAAUUCCAGAGCCACAAUUCCCUCUUUUUUUGUGGGAUUUUGUGGUCACUGUAGUGACCAGGGCCAGUUGGGGUGUCCUGGAGCAGCCCCUCAGCACAUUCCCCCUCUGAGCACAGUAAAAAAGAAAUCCCCGAUUAUUUUGUCUCCCAAAAUUCCAGCAAAACCUCGGCUUUGUCCAGGGUGGGGAGGGUCACAAACCCUUCCUGGGGUGCAGAGGCCCCCCAGUCCCAGCCCGGAUGGGGCUGCUGGUCCCUGUACUGGUUUUGUACUGGUUCUGUCCUGCUUCCCAGUACCCAGCUCCUGGCCUUGCUGCAGCAUUCCCAAAUCCCAAAUCCCUUUUUUCUCCCCCGUGUGCUCCGACUCUGCCGUGCUGAGGUCCCAGCCAGGAGGGUGAUUCUGCCAGAGGGGUUUUUAUGAUUUGUUUGGUUUUGAAUCUACUGGUUAGAUUUGCAGUCCUGACAGGGAAGGAUUUUUAAAGCUUAUUUUGUCCAUGCUGGGAUCCUGCUGGAUCCUAAACACUGGGAAAGCCAAGAAUUCCUCUAACAGUAUUUUCUAUGCUAUUAAUUGAGAAAAAAGAAAAAAUGUUUUCUAUGGAGAAUCUAUUUACAAAAUGAGCAUUUUAGUGAUGAAACUCUGAAUGUAUGGCAGGCUGUGGAUGUGAGGAAUGAGAGCAGAAAGGAUUUAUGUGCCUCUGUAUUUUUGUAUUUGCUUCCAAUAAACCAAUGAACCAAAGCUG